CAUAUCAUCACUUUAAUAAUCACAAUCAUCAUCAUCUCAUCAAGAUCCCAAAACAAUUUUCCUCUUCAUUUAUUCAAAACAGUGACCACCAUAUCUCAAUACCCCACGCCCACAUCACCAUACAUACUACAAUAUACACUAAUCAUAUAUAUGUCACACAUAACCAUGUUUUAAUCCCAAUAAUAUCAUCAUCAUCAAGAUCUCCAUUUAUAUUCACUCUCAAGAUCUGUUACUAAUGGCAACUAAAGGAAAUCCAGGGGAUAAUAGAACCAGAAGAUCGUUUUCGAUAUUUAUAGUAGUUGGUUUAUGUUGCUUUUUUUACUUGCUUGGUGCGUGGCAAAAGAGCGGGUUUGGUAAGGGAGAUAGUAUAGCUCAAGAGGUGACGAAAAGUGCCGAUUGUAGUGUGCUUUCGAAUCUAAAUGUUGAGACUCACCAUGGUGAUGGGAUUAGGCAACCACAUGAUUUACUAGAAUAUAAGAUUUUUCAGCCCUGUGAAGAUCGGUUUGUUGAUUAUACACCGUGUCAUGAUCAAAUGCGUGCAAUGACUUUUCCUAGAGAUAAUAUGAAUUAUAGAGAGAGACAUUGCCCUCCUGAAAAUGAGAAGUUGCAUUGUCUUAUUCCUGCCCCUAAAGGGUAUGUGACCCCAUUUCCUUGGCCUAAAAGUCGGGAUUUUGUACCUUUUGCUAAUGCACCCUACAAGAGUUUGACGGUUGAAAAGGCGAUCCAGAAUUGGAUCCAGUAUGAAGGCAACGUGUUUAGGUUCCCAGGUGGAGGAACACAAUUUCCUCAUGGGGCCGAUGCGUAUAUUGAUCAGUUGGCUUCUGUUAUCCCGAUAGCUAAUGGAAUGGUUAGAACGGCAUUGGACACUGGCUGUGGUGUUGCAAGUUGGGGUGCAUAUUUAUUCAAAAGGAAUGUGAUAGCUAUGUCAUUUGCACCACGAGACUCACAUGAAGCACAAGUUCAAUUUGCCCUAGAGAGAGGUGUUCCAGCAAUCAUCGGCGUUCUUGGAACUAUAAAGCUUCCAUAUCCAUCAAAAUCCUUUGACAUGGCUCAUUGUUCUCGGUGUUUGAUUCCAUGGGGCGGAAAUAGUGGAAGGUACAUGAUGGAAGUUGAUCGAGUUUUAAGACCUGGUGGCUACUGGGUUCUUUCUGGUCCUCCGAUUAACUGGAAGGCUAAUUUUAAAUCAUGGCAACGACCUAAAGAAGAACUUGAAAAAGAGCAGAAGAACAUUGAAGACAUGGCUAAACUUCUUUGUUGGGAGAAGAAAUACGAGAAAGGUGAAACCGCCAUUUGGAGGAAAAGAGUCAAUAAGUCCUAUUGUCAAGAACGAGACUCACGUGUUACCAUGUGCCAAUCCACAAAUCCAGAUGAUGUCUGGUACAAGGAGAUGGAAGAGUGUGUAACUCCUUAUCUCGAGACAAACAAUGCAGAUGAUGUUUCGGGAGGUGAGUUAAAACCUUUUCCCGAGAGGCUUAACGAUGUUCCUCCAAGGAUUACUAGUGGGAUGGUUUCUGGAAUUUCUGCUGAUUUAUUCCAAGAGGACAACAAGUUGUGGCAGAAGCAUUUGAAUGCUUACAAGAGGGUGAAUAAGAUCAUUGACUCAGGGCGUUAUCGUAAUAUUAUGGAUAUGAAUGCGGGUCUUGGAAGUUUUGCUGCUGCAAUCGAGUCUCCUAAGUUAUGGGUGAUGAACGUGAUGCCAACGAUUGCUCAGAAAGACACUCUUGGAGUGGUUUUCGAACGAGGUCUUAUUGGCAUAUACCAUGACUGGUGUGAAGCAUUUUCAACUUACCCAAGGACAUAUGACUUAAUCCAUGCCAAUGGUCUUUUCAGCUUGUACAAAGACAAGUGCAAUUAUGAGGACAUUCUUUUAGAAAUGGACAGAAUUUUACGGCCUGAAGGUACUGUGAUAAUACGUGACAAUGAAAGAGAAAUUCUGAAGGUGAAAAAAAUCGUGUCUGGCAUGAGAUGGAACACGAAGAUGGUGGAUCAUGAAGACGGGCCUCUUGUUCCAGAGAAGGUAUUGUUUGCAGUUAAACAAUAUUGGGUUGUGGGUGAAAGGAACUCGACAGCCUCGAGAUGAUGCAGGAAGAUGAUGUAGGAUACAACGUUUAAAGAUAUUGUUUGUUUCUGUUUGGAAACUUGCAACCAUUAAGAGGAAUGGUCAGUUUCCAUCUUAAUUAAUUGUACCAACAACUUGAACUUAGUUUGAGAUCUAGUGGUGAGUAUAGCUCAGGGUUGAUUAAUUAAGAGUUUUUGGAUACCAUGAUUGCCUCAUGUAUUUUUUACUCUCUUACAUGUAAGUGCUAUAAAAGUUUUGAGUUUUAUUUUUGUUAA